GCGGAAGUCUACAGAUCUGGGGGAUUCCCCGAGGGAAGUUCCCAACUCAACUAGGCUAUGUAAAACACACACUGCCAUAUCCUCUCCAGCGCCCCGUAACUUUGCAUCUGAAGAUCAGGCGACGACGCUGCGGUGGUGUCAAAACAAAAAAAAAAAGUCGUCUUCAACAGUAACUCGAAUGAAGGGCUCAUGUCUGCUGUGUCAGUGAUGUUUGUGGAGCACACGGCAUGGAAAGGAACAUCGGAGACCAGCUCAAUAAAGCUUUUGAAGCUUAUCGCCAGGUCUCCAUUGAAAAGGACAAUGCCAAAAAAGAGCUGCAGCAAAUGACUGAAUAUUACGAGCGAUACACUUUGAAGCUUCAGAAGCAGAUAGCAGACCAGCAGCAGUUGAUUUCAAAACUUGAAGCUAAGUUAUCAGCAACAAGUCAACCAUCAGGGGAGAUGAAAUGCGAGCCUUGCAACCAUCUUCUUGAUGGGGCCAGCGCUUAUAGGAAAACACAGUUCCCGGACAAUAUGGGUACUGUUGCUGUUUCACCUAAUAUUCCAGUCAACAGCAGCGUUGACUACAAGGACAUGCUGGGUGCAUUUGAAGCAAUCCAAGGGAAAUUCCGUCAGAUUCAGUUGCUGACCCGAAGACAAAAGGAUCACUUAAAAAGGUUCCAUGGAGGAAAUGAUAUGUCAAACGAUCAGCAGUUCUCCAUGCCCAUCCAGUGCACAGACCGCACAGCAGAGGCAGAGAGACCCUUCUCCACAGCUCUGAGGUCAGCAGUGGAUGUCCCGCUCCCGCCCACGUCUCUGGCGUCUCGCGGCGCCAGCCCCGAGGACAGAGACUUAGUAGACUCUCUCACCAAACUCAGCGUCAAAUUCCCGCCCUCUGCGGACAGUGAAUAUGACUUCCUGAACAGUGCACCGGAGAGAAACGCUGGUCUGACCGUGCACAUGAAGCGACUCCUCGGCGGCGUGCCCUCCACACUCACAGAGGAGGAGCCCGAAGAGCCGCCCAUGCCUUUUGUGUACCCUCCAUCCCCCUCCCACUCCACAUCAUCCUCGCUCUCUCAGGAGGGCGUGUGGGGACCCCAGCAGCCCCUCUGGAGCCCUGAGCUGAGCGAUGCAGCCGAAGUGUGGACAGAGCUGGCGCCGUCUCAAAGCAGUCCUGAUAAAUGUGCUUUCUGCCAUGCUGUGGUUCCUCAGGACCGAAUGAACAGCCACCUCUACUUGCAUUUUUCGCCUGAGAAUGAAGCCGAGGACUGACAUUGGAAGCAGAGACUGACGGGCGAAGGCCACAAGUACUCAUCACUGUAGUCAUGGUCUCGUCCCGCCUGCCACGAGUUACAUGCGCUGUACUGGAUUUUUUUUAAAAGACACUGCGAUAAGACUUGAAUCCAUUUAUUUAAUAUUGAAGAAUUGAAUGGUACACUUCUUUGCCCAUUAUAUUUUUCUAAUAUCGCGCUGAGGUUUUACUCUAGUACUGAGUGAAGAUGAUGAUUAAUAUGCUAUAUAUGAGCAAAUAAACCCGAAAUUUACUCUCUCA